AUGCACCAUUUACAUUUUCCUUCAUAUUGUCAUUGGAAGAAGAAGAAAAAUAAGAUGUACAAGGGUAUCGCUUUGGUUAUUUUAGCCAUUUUUGGGGGUGCAGCAGCUCAUACACAUAAAAUUAAUGCUCAAUCAAGUCAUAUUAGACAUUUUUCAUUAUCAUUGAAAGAAGAAAAUAAUGCUAACGAUUUUUGUCGAGAUUGUGUUGACACAUUUGAUACUUUAAUCUAUUUGGUUCUCGAUGGCAUUUUUGAAUUGAGUAUUAUCAAUACAUGUGAUGAUAUAUGUAAUUAUGUUACUGAAAAGUCUGGAUCACCUGUUCUAUAUGCUAUUUGUGCAGUUGGUUGUGAUGCAGUGGGAAUUAACGAAUUUAUUAAAAUAGCUAAAGAAGUUGAUCUGGAUCCAAUUUAUUUUUGUGAAUCAUUAAAAGUUUGUCCAAUAAAUGAUAAUGGUGAUGCUAAGUUUAAAUCAUUUGCCAUUUUACCAUCACAUGCUCAAGCUUAUAGCACAUUUAUUCUUGAUUUUGCUUAUGGAUCUGUUAAUGGAACUGGUACCGGUCAAUUGGUUAUCAAUAUUCAAACCGUUGAUGACAUAGAAAUUUCGACUACAUUCUUGAUUGAAUCAUUAAAACCAGGUAGAUAUGCUGAACGUAUUAGUAUUGAUACUAGUCCAGAUCCAACAUGUGAUCCUGGUACCGCACAAUGUGAACAAUGGUAUCCGGGCCUAUAUAAUGUUACUGUUAUGAUUUGUAAUGGAGAGUGUGGCUCACACCAUCCUAAUAGUCAGCUGUAUGAUAUGGUUAAUGGCUCAUUUCGAAUUGAUAAAUAA